AUGAGAUCAGAAAAUCUGAAGAAUCUUCCACCAGUUCUCACCAACACUCUGUCGGGACUCUUCACGCGCAACCUCUGCGAAUGCGAAUUCCCCAAACAGUGGAAAACCAGCGAGACCGCGGUGAUGUAUAAGAAGGGAGAUCCACAUGACAUCACCAGCUAUCGCCCAAUCUGUUUACUGACAGCCGAUGCGAGCAAGCAAGGUUUUGAAAGGGAUUCAGAUUCCUUUGUCGACUUAAAGAAGGCCUUUGACUCACUUGAGACAGAAGCGGUCAUGGAGGCUUUGGACAACCAGGGUGUCCCUACUCAGUACAUAAAGAACGCAAUGCGAAAGCUGAAAUGGGACGACAUGGGAAUGAAGGUUAAUGGUCGGCAGCUACACUAUCUGCGCUCUGCUGAUAACGUCGUUCUGCUGAAUCUGCAAAAGAUGAUGUUCAUGAGCAACGGAUGCCCCAUUCACGCUCAACGGAACGAACAUAUCCGUGUGCACCAGCUACGUUUGCAUGUGUCGGAAAAUGAACAUGAUGAAAGACCUUACCCCGAGCUGGGCAGGAGGAAACGAGCAGCUUGGGGAGCGUAUAAGAGCAUCGAGGAUGUAGUGAAGAAGACCAGGGACACCCGGCUCCGUGCUCACCUCUUCAACACCACAGUACUUCCUGUAUUGACCUAUGCUUCAGAGACCUCUUCACUUCGCAAGCAGGAAGAAGAUGCAGUUAGCGUCAUUGAACGCCUAAUCGAAAGAGUGAUGCCAGGAGUAUCUCUCUUUGCGCAAGUAAAGGACGGCAUUCGAAGUUCUGUCCUACGUCAGCGGUCAAAGACCACAGACGCCGUCGCAUUUGCUAAGUUUAGUAAAAUAAUGUGGACCGGACACGUGGUGCGAUUUAACGGCAAUCGUUGGACCAGAGCCGUGAGCGACUGGGUUCCACGCGAUAUUAAGCGCGCUACAGGAAGACCGCAAAUCCAAUGGUCAGACUUCUUCACAGAGUCCUUUAAGGAAAAGUUCAAUGCUGUUCGUGUCCCACGCGGAAGGAGAAGCCAUGAGACGACUCUGGAACGCAAUUGCGACAAAUGA